GAUCAAUAAGGAAAAAAAGCACUUGAAGAUUAAACAUGGUUGUCAAAGUAUAUGGUCCUGUAAAGGCAGCUUGCCCCCAGAGGGUUUUGGCUUGUCUUUUAGAAAAGGGAGUGGAAUUUGAGAUUGUACAUGUUGAUCUUGAGUCUGGUGAGCAUAAGAUGCCUGAUUUCCUUGUCCGUCAGCCAUUCGGACAAGUUCCUGCCAUUGAGGAUGGCAAUUUCAAGCUCUUUGAGUCUAGGGCAAUCAUAAGAUACUAUGCAGCCAAGUAUGCAGACCGAGGUACAGACCUGCUUGGGAAGUCGUUGGAGGAAAAAGCACUGGUGGAUCAAUGGCUGGAAGUGGAAGCACACAACUUCAAUGAACUGGUGUACACUUUAGUGCUUCAGCUUGUGGUGCUGCCACGGAUGGGAAAACUUGGGGACUUGGCCUUAGCACAUAGCUGUGAGCAAAAGCUAGAGAAGGUGAUGGAUGUUUAUGAGCAGAGAUUGUCGAAAAGCAGAUACCUUGCUGGAGAUUCCUUCACGCUUGCUGAUCUCAGCCAUCUCCCGGCCAUCAGGUAUUUGAUGAACGACGCUGGAAUGGCACAUUUGAUCACAGAGAGGAAGAACGUGAAUGCCUGGUGGGAGAACAUCUCCAGCCGCCCUGCCUGGAAGAAGUUAAUGCAGCUUGCGGAUUACUAAUGUUCUGUUCUGUGUGUUCAUUAUCAUCAGUGUCUCCCUGUUCUGUUUUUCUAUUGUACUUAAUUUUCAAUUGGGGUUGGACGAUUUGCUAUGAAAUGGCUGCAAUGACUUGGUUUCCAUUUCUGUUUGUUCUUCCUUCUGAAAAGAUAUUUCUUGUUACCAUAAUUAAAAUUGGGUCCGGUA